CACACAACAUGGCGGCUACGCCUAGCCAAAGGACCGCGGCUGUAUAGCUGUAAGGGAUUGCUGUUGUGUUACACGUUGGUUGGGUCGGCAUAAUAUAGGAGUUCAGUGUCAAAUUCACUGCGUCCAGUGUGUGAUACUUAGUGGUCUUUGAGAUGAUGGGGUUUAUCCGUCAUUUUUCGCUGCUGCUGUUUCCUUUAGGCAUAUUGGCUGUGGAAGUCAAGAGACCGAGAGGUGUUUCUCUCUUGAAUCGUCCCUUCUAUGAUGAAAGCAAACCUUUCACCUGUUUGGAUGGCUCACUGACUAUUCCAUUUGACCAAGUAAAUGAUGAUUACUGUGACUGCAAGGAUGGCUCCGACGAACCAGGGACUGCUGCAUGCCCUAAUGGAAGAUUCCACUGCACAAAUCUUGGUUACAAACCACAGUAUUUGCCUUCUUCAAGGGUUAAUGAUGGAAUUUGUGAUUGCUGUGACACCAGUGACGAGUACAACAGUGGGAUUGUUUGUGAAAACACAUGCAGGGAGUUGGGUCUGCAGGAGAAAGAAUCUCUCUUACAUAUGGCAGAAGUUGCAAAGGUGGGCUUCACUUUAAAAAAGCAAUUGAUUGAAGAGGCAAAAAAAAUGAAAGAAGAAAACAAGGUCAAAUUGGCUGAACUGCAGGAGGGUAAGAAAUCUUUGAUCGAUCAAGUAGAAACUUUGAGGGCUGCAAAAGAUGCAGCUGAAAUUCCAGAGAAAGAGGCCAAGGAAGUCCAUGAGAAAGCUUGGGAAGAAAGGAAGGCUGUGGUAGAACUUGAAAAGGAGCGGGCUAAAGCUUUGGAGAUUUUUGUGGAACUAGACGCUGAUGAAGAUGGAGUUGUUUCCAUAGGUGAGCUACAGAGUCACACAGAGCUAGAUUCUGAUGGAGAUGGAGUAUUAUCCGAGGCUGAGGCACAGGCAUUGUUGGGUGAUGUCAGCCAUGUGGAAGUUGGCAUUUUUCAGGAGAUUGUGUGGCAUACCAUCAAGGACAAGUUCAAAUCCGAGGUCCGCGAAAAACCCACUCCAGCACCUCUUUAUAUUCCGUAUCAUUAUCGGGAUGAAAUGGACUACUACCCCAUGUUUCAUCAUAGGCACCAUCCUUUGAGGGUAAAUGAAGAUCAGGAUGACACCAAUGGGGAAGAGCCUACAUUAGCACCAAUUCCGGAUCGAUUUAUUAGAGAGUCACCAGAAGAGUAUAUUCGAACUACACAGGCAACGAAAAAGGAAGAUGAGGAAGAGAAAAUGCCUCUUUAUGAUGAACAUACCCAGAAUCUGGUGGAGGCUGCCAAUAGGGCCCGCUCAGCAUUUGAAGCAGCUGAAAGAUCACUGAGAGAGAUGGAAGAUUCGAUCAGGGACCUGGAGAACGAGAUUACAUUUGAUUUUGGACCCAGUGGAGAAUUUGCCUACCUCUACAGCCAGUGUUAUGAACUUACAACAAACGAGUACGUCUAUAGACUUUGUCCUUUUCAUCGUGUGACCCAGAAGCAAAAAGGUGGAGGAGCAGAAACAAAUCUUGGUACCUGGGGGUCUUGGUCGGGCCCAGAAGAGAACAAGUUUACUUCCAUGAAGUAUGAGCAUGGUACCAGUUGCUGGCAGGGGCCUAACAGGUCUACAACGGUAAAACUGUCUUGUGGCAAAGAAACUGCAGUAACAUCGACCACAGAGCCAAGUCGGUGCGAAUACCUAAUGGAAUUUGUCACACCUGCACUCUGCGAGGAACCACAGGACAUAGAUAAUAGCACUGGGCAUGAUGAGCUUUGAUAUUAUAUGUACUUGAAGAUAGAAAACAGUCCAGUUUAUAGAUUUUGGGAGAUCUCUCAGCCACUUUUGCUGCGCAGAGUGCAUCAUUUUCUUGCAUAUUUCUAUCUGUACUGUUCUUCUCACCUGCUGACAAACCCGUAGGAAUCUCCCUUGAAUUUAAAAGAUGAGGACAAGUGUUGUUUUCCCUGUUUCCAAUUGCAAUACUAGACCAGCAAGAGAGAGAGGUUUAUUGGACUUUCAGAAGGACCAAAUACUGUACCCGUAUAUUUCAUUUUAGGCAAACACAAGUCUGGUUACAGCUGUUCUGUUUAUUUUUUUUUCUAUGGAUGAUUUUUGUAAAAUUGCCUGUCUUGAAGACCACACAAAUCGCUUGAUGUAAUUUGUAAUCUAUAGAAUUUUCUACUGAAUUUAUAACCUAUAAGUAAAUGUUUGUGUUCCUUCUGUAUAUGCAUGGACCAUGCUGUGUGUGUGAUUGAUUUGCUUUGCUUUUGUAUAUGUAAAUGUGCCACCCCUUUUGUGGUGUUAUUUUUUUCCUGCUUCUGUCAUAAAGCUUUUUUGAAAAUGUAUUUUACACAGUUUCAAGCUGGGAGCAAUAUUUUGUAGGUUUGCAAUCUAACUUUUUUUUCUGAAAGAUUUUAUUGGUCUUAACUGUACAUAUUAGUUUUGUGAAAUUAAACGUUCCAAAGCUUACUGACUAGAAAUGUUGGUAUUAGCAGUAGCCACUUUAGUGUCUGCUUCAACAGUUUAGUCAACAGCCAUACCUCUCAACUGUCCAGAUUUUCACAGAAUGCCCAGAUUUUUGACUCCUAUUUUUGGUUUGUUUAUGCAAAAAAAAAAGUGGUUUUCUAGCAAAUCAUUGAGGACUGAAGUUACAGAAUAAUGACUGAAUUGUUUUAGACUUCAUGUCCUUUAUAAAAUUCAUGCUAAUGCAAAACCUGUUCUGCCAACUUUCUAAGUUUGUAACAGCAAUAUUUAACAAUUGUCCCUAUUUAUGGGCCUUUGUCCCCCCAUUCAUUAUGGCUUUGUCCAGAUUUCUUGCUUUACUAGGUUGAGAGGUAUGUCAGCAGCUGUUUGCCCUAUAGUAACUACCUGAAGAAUCGUAGUUAGUAUAGUAGACAUGUUGGAAAGAUCUUUGGCGGAUGUUACUUUUAAGCUGUGACUAAAAAGGUCAUUGACACUGCAUAAAUGUAGUCUGAACAAAUCCUUUUUUCCCCAAUGAUCAACAGCAGACUGGUCUUGCAUGUGCACAUUUGGAAGCAUGAUACUCUCUUGCUACCUCACUUAUUUGUAAUUGUGAACUGUCUUUUUGUUUUGAUACAGUAAAAAAAUGAAGAUGUUA